CGUGCGUCACGUGCGCACUGACCAUUUGACCAGCUCGCCUCGGUGCGCUUAUUGCGGUAAAUAACAUCUCUGUGUUUUUAUGGUCUAUUCUCUACUGCGUUUCUUUCAUGUCCUGACUGUUUACUCUCUGGUUUAUGACUGGGAAAAGCGUGGCGUUAGAAAGGCGCCCCCAUCAUGCCGCUUUUUCAGCAUCUCCAUCAGUCACAUGAGCGCAGGACCUCGGGUCUGAUUUAAGAAGGGGGAUGAACAGCACUCCGCCUGGAUUACGGUUGCUCAGGCCUCCAACAGUGAUAGGCCAGUUCCACACACUGUUUUUCGGCUCUGUGCGUACGUUUUUCCUUGGGGUCCUUGGAUUCGCUGUCUAUGGCAAUGAGGCUUUGCACUUCAGCUGUAUCCCAUACAGAAGGGAACUUAACCUUUACUGUUACAACCAGUUCAGGCCUAUAACACCCCAGGUGUUUUGGGCAUUGCAGCUUGUCACUGUCUUAGUACCUGGAGCUGUUUUCCAUCUUUAUGCUGCAUGUAAAAACAUAGACCAAGAGCAGAUUCUUCAACGGCCGGUGUCCACAGUCUUCUACAUCAUAUCUGUCCUAUUGAGAAUCAUUUUGGAAGUAUUAGCAUUUUGGCUUCAACGUCAUCUCUUUGGUUUCCUGGUUAAUCCUAUUUACAUGUGCGAUGCCAGUGCCAUAGGGAAGAUAUUCAACAUCACAAAGUGUUUGGUCCCUGAACACUUUGAGAAGACCAUCUUCCUCAGUGCAAUGUAUACUUUCACCAUCAUCACCAUACUCCUCUGCAUCGCUGAAGUUUUUGAGAUUCUAUUUCGAAGACUAGGUCAUUUAAACCAGCCAACGACUUGAGAAUGUUAAAGGGAUCGUUCAGGCAAAAAAGAAAAUCCUGUCAUUAUUUAUUCACCCUCAUGUUGUUCUAAACCUGCAUGAGUUUUUUGAUAAAUGAUGGUAAGCACACACUUGAGGGUACUUAUUGACUUCCAUAGCAUUUGUUUUUCCUACUGUAGAAGUCAACUGUGUGGUUACCAUCAUUUAUCAAAAUAUCUUCUUUGUGUUUAACAUA